AUGUUCCCCCAUACGAUCUAUAUGAGGCCAUCUCUAACCCCCCACGCCAAUACACCAGCUCUACUCGAGUCAUUUUCAUUGAACGACCCUGUAACUUCGGAGGGAGACUAUAUCAGCUCCCAUGUGACAGGGUACGCCGACGAAGACGACAACAGCCAGCGAGUCGGAGGCCUCGCCUCCAUGCCCGACACCAACGGCGCGAGGUACCACGCACAGCAGCCUGCGAUGCAGGAUUUGCAAUAUAACGGCUCAAGCGCCCUUGCCAUGACCCCACCAGACUCCUGUCCCGACUCCUUUUCACCUACAUCUGGUACCAUUUUCCCUCAUAUCUCUCGUCUUCAGCCACCCUUCGAUAGGAUGACAGACUAUCAACGAGUUCCAGCUCUUCAACCUCCCAGUGGUAUGCUGACAGGUAUGCAGAGCUCAGGGCAUGGUUUGAACUCCAUACCAGCCCUCAUGGGCCGCAACAAUGCCUAUGGAUCAUAUGCUCUACAACGUGGGGUUGGAAACAUGGGCUUGCCCCUCAUGGGAAUGAGUGACAUAUCUCGUAAUCAUGGGUAUUCGGGCACUCCUCGGGCUUUGGAAGGUAGCCUCGAUCGAUCUCGGGGGACUAUGUUUCAGCAGUCUAUGGUGGAGUCUUCCCCACGAUCACAACCACAAGUUGAAGCUCCUCCUUUUGACGACACAACUCAUCUCGAGACAAUCGUGGCCGAAUUCGGUGGUCAAUAUCAAACAGUGAAGCCCGAGGUCCAAGCAAAGAUGGGUCGUGGAUUCUUCCCAUCUGACAACAAAUGGACUUGCUAUCGACGUAACUAUUUCGCUGUGACCUGUGGCUUUGGUCUUCACCCUUGGUCGCCCACUGCUCCUCUCUAUAUUCGCUAUCAUGACCAACAACUUGAGCCAAUCCAUGGAUUUGCUAUGGCCAUCUCGGCAAUUGUCAAUGGUCAAUAUAACGAAACACGAGAGUUAGUUCAGCACACCCCAAAGCGCGACAAACAGUCCGAGAGAAAGCCAGGACGUGUUGUUCUUCAGCCCUCACCUCCGCCAUCCUUUACGUCAAACUCGACCGUGAAUGGGAAUCUCUCGGGUUUCGCAAUCGGUUCGCAGUCAAUGGACUACAACUCCUCAUUCACAGGGGCACCACAAUCAUGCCAGCCUCCAACCACCCAUAUGUUCGAGCGUAUCCAAUUCCAGAAGGCAACCGCCAACAAUGGCAAGCGCCGCGCUCAACAGCAGUAUUACAAUCUGGUCGUUGAGCUUUACGCUCAGAUUGCUAGCUCGGUCCCAGGUGAAACUCAGUGGGUACAGAUCGCCCGUCGCCACUCUCACCCCAUGGUAGUCCGCGGACGCUCGCCGGGCCACUACAAAGACGGACGCCGAGGCAGCACUGGCAGCAUGGGUCCAGAUGGAGCCGGCGGAGAUGGAAACGGAGGGAUUCUUCCCCACGGCCUAGGACAAACGGGCCGUUCCCACCCCUUCAUGUAUGACGCAUCCCAUCGGAGCGGCAUGUCUUACGGGAGGGCCGAUCAACGACAAACGACCGUGAACGAUCAUUCUCCACUCAGCGACAGCCCUUUGAUCUCAUCCUCCUCCUCUUCCGGAUUCGAGUAUUCCAUGAUAGAUACUAUGGAUCCCAUGGAUACCAUCAAGUCUGAUACGUAUGUCAAAACGGAUCCUUGCCUCCGGUCAAUUCCCUACCAGGAAACACACUAUGGCGAUGUGCCCAACUACCAGCAUCGUCAUUCCAGUACUGGGGGCUACGAUCCAGUUUAUUCCACGACUUAUGGCCGUUACGAUCCCAUCCAAAGCUCACAGAGUCUAUGCACGUAA